AUGUCGUUAACGGAUAGCGGACCGAGCGAGACAAAUGAGGCCCGACCAGAAAUUCAGGCAAGUGAAUUCCGGAAUGCGAAGCUCCCGCAAUUCUGGCGGGAGGAGCCGAAAUUAUGGUUCGCAAUGUUAGAACGCGAAUUCGCGGCGUACAACGUUAAAUCGGACGCGGUAAAAUGCGCGGCUGUAAUCCGACAUUUAGAUACGCCGACGACUAAGAUCGUCGCCGACAUCGUAGCUGCCCCCCCGUCCAACGACUCGUUCGGCGACAUUAAAACCGCACUGAUCUCGAGACUGGCCGCUUCCGAGGAAGCACAGCUACGCCAAUUAUUGACCGGCCUCGAGUUAAAUGAUUGGAAGCCGUCCGAAUUGCUUAGAGAAAUGACGCGAUUGGCGGGCAGUAACAUCGCAGCAUGCGUUCUGCAGACUUUAUGGUUGCAGAGGCUGCCCAAGAGGAUUCAGGAGCUUCUCACCGUUGUAGGAGACAUGGAAUUAAAAAAACUGGCAGAACUCGCCGACAAAGCCAUGGAGAGGUCUGGCGUCCAGGAGGUAGCUCUAGUGUCGCGCAAUGAUGCCGUACCAACUGCACAGUCACCGGACUCUGAAAUUGCUGCGCUCACCAAGCGUAUCGGAAAGCUUGAGAUGUUGAUGCGAAGGACAGCUCGCAGCAGGAGUCAAAGCCGUAACAGGAGAAAUUUUUCCAGAAACCAAGAUGGGAAUAGGAACAAGUCUAAGGAUCGUUGA